AUGCAAUUGGACAAUAGUUAAUUCCCAAAUUAACUAGAUCCAUAACGCCUUUUGUUUUAGCAACUUCAACCCUACUCUGAAGAUUAGAUUCAAUUUCCUUAAUAACCAGAUAGAGUAUAAAAUGUGCUUUUAAUGUAAGACUUGCUUGAAUAGAAUUAUUAGCCUUUCAAAAAUACUCAGAUGAUGACUGCUGGCAUCAAAAUUAUAGAAUCAGCUAAAAAUACUUUCUUUGAAGCUUAAAAUUCCACUUAAAAGCAAGUAAACACAAUAUCUAUAUUUAUUGAAGAAAUCUUCCAUAAGUCUAUCCCCAAUUAAACAAUAGAUGAGUCUUCUCAAAAAAAUGAUUCUAUUGGACAAAGUCUCAAUAAAUGCAGUUGUUAAUGCCAAUGUUCAGCUAAUGCUGGAAAUAUUUCUCCUAAUUAGAGACAAGUUGUUUAAAUCCAAACAGGGACAUCUGAUAAAUAAAUAUAAACCCUAGAAAAUUCGAUGAAUAAUGAUGAAAAAACUUUGACAAAAGAAAUAUAAAUAAAAAGGAAGCUAAAAUUACCUGAUUAGCAAAAGAUAGUAUUUUACAAGGGAGAGGAUUUAGAGCCAGAGCAGAUUCCUCGAGCCUAGCACGUUCCUAAACUCAAAACAUUUAUAUUUGUCAAAAUCUUUUAGGAAAGUUCAAAGCGUUGGAAAUCAAUGUUUAUUUGCACAUUUGAUCACUGUGACAUUGUAUUGAAGAAAUGGGGAAAUAUCUUCGAUCACUUACGUAUUCACAACCGAGAAAAACCCUUUACUUGCCCAGUACAAUACUGCUCGAGAUCUUUUUCAUAAAAGAGCAACCUGGACAAGCAUUUUAGGAUGCAUUAACAGCUGAAGCUUAGUUGUUCAGAAUGCAAGAAAUUAUAUCCCAGAUUAAAGAUUAUGAAGCACUUCCUGAAAAAUCAUAGCAAGGAAGUAAAAUUUAUCGAUGAUGGAGAAAAUUUAGAUGAGGAAAUUUCAGAUUAAGAUUAGUAGAUUUUUGAUUAAUAGCUGGAGUCAUUAAAUGUUAGUAAAUAAAACGAAGCCUAAAAUCAAUCAUGA